AUGACAUGGCAUCAGAGAAUCCACACAGGGGAGAGGCCCUAUGAAUGCCAUGAGUGUGGAAAACUCUUCACUCGAAGAUCAGCCCUUAUUAGGCAUCAGAGAAUCCACACACAGGAGGGGUCCUAUGAAUGCAGUGAGUGCAGGAAAACUUUCAGUCGCAGCUCGCACCUUAUUGGGCAUCAGAGAAUCCACACAGGGGAGAGAUCCUAUGAAUGCAGUGAGUGUGGGAAAACCUUCAAUCGCAGCUCACACCUUAUUCGGCAUCAGAGAAUCCACACAGGGGAGAGGCCCUAUGAAUGCUGUGAGUGUGGAAAACUCUUCACUCGAAGAUCAGCCCUUAUUAGGCAUCAGAGAAUCCACACACAGGAGGGGUCCUAUGAAUGCAGUGAGUGUGGGAAAACCUUCAAUCGCAGCUCACACCUUAUUCGGCAUCAGAGAAUCCACACAGGGGAGAGGCCCUAUGAAUGCAGUGAGUGCGGGAAAACUUUCAGUCGCAGCUCGCACCUUAUUGGGCAUCAGAGAAUCCACACAGGGGAGAGGCCCUAUGAAUGCCAUGAGUGUGGAAAACUCUUCACUCGAAGAUCAGCCCUUAUUGGGCAUCAGAGAAUCCACACAGGGGAGCGGCCCUAUGAAUGCCGUGAGUGUGGAAAACUCUUCACUCGAAGAUCAGCCCUUAUUAGGCAUCAGAGAAUCCACACACAGGAGGGGUCCUAUGAAUGCAGUGAGUGCGGGAAAACUUUCAGUCGCAGCUCGCACCUUAUUGGGCAUCAGAGAAUCCACACAGGGGAGAGAUCCUAUGAAUGCAGUGAGUGUGGGAAAACCUUCAAUCGCAGCUCACACCUUAUUCGGCAUCAGAGAAUCCACACAGGGGAGAGGCCCUAUGAAUGCCAUGAGUGUGGAAAACUCUUCACUCAAAGAUCAGCCCUUAUUAGGCAUCAGAGAAUCCACACACAGGAGGGGUCCUAUGAAUGCAAUGAGUGCGGGAAAACUUUUAGUUGCAGCUCGCACCUUAUUGGGCAUCAGAGAAUCCACACAGGGGAGAGAUCUUAUGAAUGCAGUGAGUGUGGGAAAACCUUCAAUCGCAGCUCACACCUUAUUCGGCAUCAGAGAAUCCACACAGGGGAGAGGCCCUAUGAAUGCCAUGAGUGUGGAAAACUCUUCACUCAAAGAUCAGCCCUUAUUAGGCAUCAGAGAAUCCACACACAGGAGGGGCCCUAUGAAUGCCAUGAGUGUGGAAAACUCUUCACUCGAAGAUCAGCCCUUAUUAGGCAUCAGAGAAUCCAUACACAGGAGGGGUCCUAUGAAUGCAGUAAGUGCAGGAAAACUUUCAGGGAGGCCUCUCGCUUUGAUGUGUAUUAA